ACAAAUUAGAAAAUUGAGAUUGCGAAGCUUUAGUUCCUUCUAAGAUGUCGAUUAUUGCGUUCACGAGAACACAAUAACUUGCAUUCGUUGGUGAAACUGUAUAAGGAGACAACUACAAAAUGUGGCCAAAAAAACUGAAUCUUUCAACUGAAGAGUGUCGAGCAUUGUUGCGGAAUUAUGAACUCGAGGCGUAUUCCAGCGUAAUGAAUGCUUUUCGGUCGCAGGGUGAUUUGACGGACGAUAAAACUCGAAUACUGAAGGAUUUGCGAGUGGCGUUCCACAUCUCGGAUGACAGGCACAAAGCAGAAGCUCGUCGCGUAUCGAAUGACGAGCGCUUCAACACGAUAGCCGACGUAAUUUCGGGCUACGAGACAUCGCGUACCUGGACCAAGGAAGGUCGUCGGACAGUGCCGUUAAUUCCGCGCGGUUUAGCCGAAACGGCGCUCAUCCAAGUCGCAGAUACGCUCUCGCAACGCUACACAAAGCAAAAUGACAAGAUGCCACAUCCAUCGCGCGUGAUAGUGUCGCGCCCGGAAGCGAUUAUUUUUCCCGAUCAGUCGCGUAUUCCGCCAGUUCCUUUGUUCGACGAGAAAUCCGUCAUUUUUGACGAGAAAAUUGCCAUGAAACUGGAAGAAAGGAUUCCCCUUACGACAACAUCAACGAUGCCCGAAGACGAUGGAUGGAGUAGAAAGCGUCGUUCGUCGAUGGAAAAUAUCAAUUUAAAUCAAAAACUGUAUCCGCACGUCAUGAAAGCGCAACAAUCAACGAGUAGUGCGAAAAAGGGAUCUGCUGCAAAGAGACCGCGCAAAGAAAAAGUGUCAAAAAAUCAAAUUGCUGCAAUGACGCACGCCAACUCACAUCCUGCAAAGUUUAUUGAUUUCGAGGAUUCGAUAAAUCGCUCGCAGGAACACAAUCGCCAAAAUCGUGAAGCGGAUAAUAUGCGAAUGAUCCACUCGUAUGCGAGUAAUUCGUUACCACUGACGCAGCAAAAUGUGAAAAAUAGCCAGAAACGACACUCACAAAGCGAGUAUUCGACGCAUCCGCACCACUUGCACCAUCCGAGCAUGAUGCAACAAGGCAAUAACAUAAUGAAGGGCAAACAAUCUGCCGCCAACAUGAUGAAUCAAAAUGUCCUCUUACAAUAUCCUCAGAUGAUGCAUUCGCCUGCCGAACCGAUGAGUACAAAGUCUGGCGUCAUGGAAGCGAACAACAUGUCUUUGCUGGCAGGACGAGCGGAAAAUAGUUUUAGUACGCCGAUCGCACACAAGCCGCCUGCUCUCGAAAAACCACCUAAAAUUCAAAUCCUAAGCAAUAAUCCUGUAAAAAUAAUUCCUUCGUUGUCGCUGAAAACGUUGCAGUCCAAGGGAAAUGUUCAAGUUGUUCAAUCGCCGCCCGGCAAAGUCGUCUUGCGUUCCUUCAACAACGAAAUCGAGUCUCCCGAUCCGCGGGGCAUUGGGCCGCCUCAAACGAUUCCCGGACCCAAAAUCAAUGUACAGAAAGUCCAAUUGAUGCCGGUGCAAAGUGCAAACUCCAAGGCGAACGCCAACUUCUUAAUUGUGCGAAAUAACGCAGCGUCGGCAAUGAAUGCCUCGAAAAUCCCAAACAAAGCAGAACAUGGAGGUCAACAAGUAAUUUGCAUGCCCCAACUUUCGGCAAACAACAAGAAAGAUCCCUCGAAAAUUGUCACGACGACAUUCACCGCAACGAAAAAGAACAUAUCGAACCUGCAACAAAUCCCCGUGAAACCGCUCUCAGGUGCAACACUAACGAAAAUCGAUGCGGACCAAUCGUUGCAAAAGAUCCGCUUGAUACCGACGUCAUCAGCAAUUUCCCGUCCCUUGCCGCCACUCACGACAACAACGACUCAAAUCAAGUUGUCCAAAAACUCGAAACUUUAUCCGAUUACGUACAGCAAUGGCACGCCAUUCACCGAAAUGUACGUUGUAAAUAGGAAUAGCGCGUCGCCCAAGUCCAUAAGUGUCGUGAAAAAUAACGAAAAUAUCGAGAAUGAAAAGGUCGAUUGGGAAAACGAGUUGGAUAAGAAGCACCAUGUACCGCAACAAAAGGGACAAGGCACCUCGAGAGUCAUAGUACAAAGUAUACCCAAUAUGCAGACUGAAGGAAUACAAAGUCUCAAGAGUUCCGAAGUUGUUGCUGAACCAAUGAACCUCGAAGAAAUAAUUGCUUAUGAAUCAGAGUCUCACGACGAGGACGACGACAAAACUGUGAGUCAGGAGGAAGAACGAAGCGACAUUGAUGUAACUGACAUGGUUAGCUACGAGUCCGAUGAUGAACGAGCACAAAGUCUACAAUCACCUGAAAUGCAUCCCGUGUCGGACAAAUUAUCAGAACUGACAAGAGAGAUUCUUAAAGAUUAAGAGCCACGACGACAUGCUGGAUAUGAAGCCCAAAUCGAUUUUUACUAUUUAAAAAAUUAUAUUAAUUAAUUAUUACCGAUUAUUGUACAUAAGAGACAGACAACCUACCGUUUUGAGUGAGUGUAGGUAAAAGU